AUGCAUGAUUGAGAAAAUGGAGAAGGAGGAAGCAAAGCAAGUAACAGAUGAAGAAUCUUUUCUUUUUGCAAUGGAACUAGCUGGUGCUUCUUCUGUUCCAAUGGUUCUAAAAUCAGCUUUGGAUCUUGGAAUAAUUGAGAUUAUAAGCCAAAGCUGGUCCUAAUGCAUACCUCUCAUCUUCACAAAUUGCUUCUCAAAUACGUACCUUCCAUAAAAAACAAAGAUGCACCUUCAAUGUUGGAUCGUUUGUUACGUCUCUUGGCUAGCUACAAAAUCCUUACUUGUUCUAUUCAACAUCAAGAUGAAAGACUCUAUGGUCUUCACCCUUUGGCUAAAUAUUUUGUCAAUAAUAAUGAUCAAGAUGGUGUCUCCAUGAUUUCUUCUUUUCUCAUGCAACAUGACAAAGUCCUCAAAGACAUGUGGUAUGAUAUUAUAAUUUCGCUUUUAAUUAUUGCCACAGGCCAUAUAUAACCCUAGUUUUUUAGUAUAAUUGUUCUUCUCCUCCUCCCUUUGAAUUAUUCAGAAUUUUCCAACAUUCAUGAAAAUAACUUAAUAGCUAGAAUUUCACUUUUUAAGGUGAAUAAAUGGAAGUACUAAAUUUCGAAAAUCAGUUUCUGCUUUGACAUGCAAUGUCUCUGCCAACUGAGAUGCUCAUGGGUACAUCGUGAUAUGACCCAAUUUAAUAAUAAUAGUAAGUAAAGUCAAAUUAGUACGUGAAACUCACAUAUGGAGGACCUAAUUAAUCCCACCUAAUUAAUCCUUUUGUUAAAAUGUCGAGCUUGGUAACACUUGCUUGUGAUCUAAGUUGAGGACAUUAAGGCGUUGGAAAAGUAUAAUGUGUGAAAAAAAUCCCUUUGUUAAAUUUCACAUUGUUAUAAUUUAGAUGAACAAGAGAGAAAAGAGGGAAUGAAUAGUCUAUAUGUUAUUUACUAUUAGGAUUAAUGUUACAUUAUAAUGGGCCAAUUACAUGAGCCUAUAACAUAUAUGAAUAUCCACCGAUAAUAUUCAUAACACUUUUCCUUGGAUGUCUAUUGAGAAUAUGUGUCAUUUUAACAUUUACUAAAAAAAACCUAGUGGAAAAAAAUUAUAGUGAAGAAAAAAAAAGUACAACAUCCUUUGUAUUUGAACUGCCUCGUUAAAAUCUUACCAGAAAAACUCAAUGGGGGACAAAACCACGGUUAAGGAAAAAAGAGUGCAGAACACAAUUAUAUCCCCCUCAUGAAGAUGUCUGAAACAAAUAUGAUCAAUUAAUCUUCUAUAUAGUUGAUCAAAAGUUUUACUUGACAAUGACUUUGUAGAGAGAUCUGGUUCUUCUCCUAUAAUAUACUCUUCUCUGAAUUUAUUGAUUAUUGAUAAUGAAAAAAAGAAGAAAUGGAAUAAAUUAAAUGCAAUUUAAACUAAAUUUUAUGAGAAUAAAUAAAAAUAAAUUUUGAAAAUAAUAAAAGUAUGUUGUUUUUGCCUAUAAUUUAGGAUAAGAAAAAAUAAUUUUUUUUUGCCUAUAAUACAUACAGGACGGAUGAAGUAGUGUAUGUAAAAAGAUCUAAGUUGAAAGUAGCACAUGAAUAAGUUUCAUUUAUUAAAAAAAAAAAAAAGUAAAAUAUGAUAAUUUUUGUGAAAUAAAUUUUAUGGGUUGGGAAGAUAUAAUUUUUUUUUAUUGAUUACAUAUAAAUUUCAUGCGAAUGUGAAGUGAUUAUAAUAGCACUUAGCUUUGCCGCCUCUCUCUCGGUGACGCCGUCUCCGUUCUCCACUUUCCAGUUUCCUCAAACAACACAGAUUCAUGAAGAACAUUCAUGAAUCAGAAGAAGAAACAGAGGCUGUAGCAAGCAACAAACCAGUUCAGAUUCGGUCAAAAACAAAGAAGAAGAAGACAAAGAAGAAAACAGAGGGUGUUGUUGUGAGGACAAACAACAAGGUUAGGAGCUAUCUAAAUCAUGAUAUCAUAAUUUUUAUUCUCUCAAAACUGCCUCUAAAAUCAUUCAAAAGAUUUGAAUGUGUAUGCAAAUCAUGGGCCACUCUAUUUCAAGACUCUUAUUUCAAGACCAUAUACACCAACAAGUUCAUAUCUAACAAUAAUAAUAACUAUAAUGAUGAUGAUACAUAUCUUGUCCCAGAACAUGUUAUGGGACGUGCACAUUUUUAUAUGCUCCCUGGCCAGAGGUUUGAAGAUAGGGUCAAAAUAGAUUGGCCAUCUCCGUUUCAAGAGGAUAGUGCUGGUAUUUAUAUUUUGGGUGCCGCUAGUAUUAAUGGCAUUCUUUGUCUCAAUCAAAAAUAUACAAGACGACUUGUACUCUGGAACCCAACCACUGGUGAAUUCAAGGUCAUUCCUUAUGGCAUUUGUGAGGAUAUACCACCUAACCGUCAACCUUGCUAUAAUCUUCAUGGAUUUGGUUAUGAUCAUGUAACAAAUGACUAUAAAGUCAUUCAAUUUGUGGAUUCAUUUCUCGGAGGUGAAGAUGAAGAUGAACAAAAUGAAGAGUGGGUAGAAGAAGAUCCAUCAUCCGACGAAAAAUUCUGGAUGAUAUAUUCUCUAAGAAGUAACUCUUGGAGGAAGCUUGAUCUUAAUCUACCAAAUUGUUGUUAUGGCUUUACCCAAAAUCGACUUGUCGGAGUGUACACCAAUGGAGUUUGUCAUUGGUGGGCUAUAGCUUAUGGCCCAGAAAAUAUUGAAGAUGAAGAUGAAGAUGAAGAUGAGGAAGAAUAUUUGUUGUCCUUUAACUUUAGCAAUGAGCUAAUGUUUACAACACCGAGUCCCUCAUACUUGGGUGUUAGACCUAAAGUUGCUGUGGAUCGAUGUUUGGUGCUUUUAAAUGAGUCAAUUGCAUUGAUCUCAAUUGACUUAAAAAUGACUACAAUUCAGAUAUCAAUUUUAGGUGAACUCGGCGUAAGAGAAUCGUGGACCAAACUCUUUACUGUUACGAGCUUACCUUGCAUUGGGUACCCCAUCGGAGUUGGGAAUUUGAGCAAUACAGUCUUGUUCAGAAAGAAAGAUGAUAAACUAGUUUGGAUUGAUUUACAUACUAAGAUGAUGGAGGAGAUUGAUGUUAAAUUAAAGAAUGAUGUUUAUUUUGCUUAUGUAGGGAAGUACAAGAAAAGCUUUCUUCCUAUAGGAGGAAUGAAUAAUUAAUUCUUUUUCUUAUUUGGUUGUUGGUCUCUUCUCCUUCUAUUUGGAUUUUGGGUCUUGAUUUCAAUUUGGAUUGGUUCAGAUUUAUUCAGUUCGUUCGUUGUGACUUUGUUUGGUUUGAUUUAAUUCCAUUUGGUAUAGUUUGGACUGGUUGGUUUGGUUCGAUUUGGUUCUUCUUUCUAAUGAUUCCUCCUUUUGUGUUGCUCUUCUCUUUGUUGGCUCUCUCUUUGAUGAUUUCUCUUUUGUUUGAUUGCUUCUUCCUUGGUUCUUUUGUUUGGUUUCUUCUCUCUAUUGAUUCUUCUGUCUGAUUCUCUCUUUCUCUCUUGGUUGAUUCUUCUAUUUGGUUCUCUCCCUGUUUGUUUCUUCUGUGUGGUUUUGAUUGGUUUCAUUUUCGGUUUGAAUUGGAUAUUGGAUUGGUUUGAUUUUCUUCUUCAUUCAAACGGUCUCUCUUUGACUACUGCUACUCACUCUCAUGUGGUUCACCUCUUUUGGCCGCUAUUUAUUUGUUGCUCUUGGUUAUAAUAUUAGGUUAUUUAGUUUAAUUUUCUGGGUUAAUUUUGUAACAAGCUUUAAAGCUUAGUAAGCUUUAGCUUGAGGGGUAGUAUUAAGAUAAGGUGUUUUGAGUUUAUAUUAUCAAGUAUGUUUUUCAUUUUGUUUGACAAACUUUCAAUGCUUCAUGUUGUUGCAUCGUGUUGUUUGAGCUUAUGUUAUUGGGCCCUUUAAGUUUCUAAGCAAUAGUGGUUGUAACUUUUAAUAUGUUAUGUGAUUGUAAUGAAACCCUUAUAAGUAAAAUGUGGCAAAUCUGUGUUGUUUGUUUA